AUGAAUUUCUUCUCUAAUAUAUUCUUGAGGCCUGAUGAUGGACAGGGAUUUGAUUGUAGACAUUUAUUUCAAGAGAGGAUAUCUCAAGUGGAUCAGGACGAGCUCAUCCAGCCUCUUUCGUUUGAUGAAAUUAGGAAAACCCUCUUUGAUAUGAACAAUCAUAAGGCGCCGGGACCGGACAGGAUGUCAGUGCUUUUUUACAAGCAUUACUGGGAGGCUGUUGGAGAUGAUUUUUGUGAAGCAGUUUCUGAUUUCUUUGUGAAUGGCAAAAUGCACAAGGGCAUUAAUGCCACGAAUAUUGUUCUAAUUCCAAAAGUCCAGAACCCGAAGAGACCUAAUCACUUUAGGCCUAUAUCACUUUGUAAUGUGGUAUAUAAGGUUAUAUCCAAAAUUGUGGCCAAUAGGGUUAAACCUAUUUUACCUAGCCUCAUUCAUCCCACUCAAGCUGCCUUUGUCCCGGGUAGAAAUAUUCAGGAUAACAAUGUCAUUGUUCAAGAAAUCAUCCACUCGUUUAAUAGGAAACGAGGCAAAGAAGGGCUUUUGGAAGAGGAUCUUGGUUUGGGCACUAUUAAGGGCAUUCGAUUGAGUAGAAGUGGACCGGUUUUAUCCCAUGUUUUCUUUGCGGAUGACCUUAUCCUGGUGGGUAGAGCUAAUCUGAAUGAGGCAAAAGGUCUAUGGGAUUGUCUUGAAAAGUUCUGCUCUUGGUCUGGACAACAAGUGAAUAAGCUUAAAACGUCAAUCUUUUUCAGUAAGAAUACUCCCAAUGGUGGAUGGAAGGUAAAGACGUUAUCCAAGGUGGGCCGUGCUACACUCAUAAAAUCUGUGGGUUUGUCUUUGCCUACCUAUACUAUGCAAACUACCGAACUUUCUAAUCGUCUUGUCAACAUGAUAGAUGGUUUGGUGAGGGACUUUUGGUGGGGUUUUGAGAAAGGUAAUCGUGGUCUUCAUCUCAGAGCGUGGGACAAACUUUGCCUUCCUAAAUCUCGGGGUGGCCUGGGAUUUCGAAAAUCUAAAGAAAUGAAUCAGGCUUUCCUGUUUUGGAAGAACGUUGUGAAAGCCAAUGCAACCUUACAGAAAGGAGUUUGCAAGAAGGUUGCCAAUGGGAGGGAUACGAUCAUUUGGAGGGAUCCCUGGAUUCCUCAUUUAAAAGGUUUCAUUUCGAAACCGAUUGGUAAUGGCACUCAGGGUCACAUCUAUGUGGCCGAUCUCUUAUUAACGUGUGGCAGAUGGGAUGUUAACAAAUUAAGAAGCCUAUUUGACCAUGAUACUGUCUCUGCUAUCUUAAAAGAUGGCAACCCUUCUGGGCAAGGUGAGGAUAGAUGGAUUUGGACUUUAGAGAGUAAUGGGCAAUUAUCUUGCAAAUCGACCUAUUUAACUCAAGCUUUGGAAAGAGAGCCUCAUUGUGAGGUGGCUCCAUCUGUGUGGAAUAAACUAUGGAAUAGCAAAAUUUUGGAGCGACAUAAGAUUUUGUGA